GGCAGUUUUAAAAAGUGCAGCAGACCAGCAGACCUCAUCAUACUUGGCUCUGGACACAGGUAUCGAACAGUGAACAGAGGAUCUCAGUGACUCUCUUGGCCUUAAGGGUACAGCAUGUCCGAAAUGCAUGACGACAUUUUCACAAAGAACUUUUUGAACCUGGCCCUGGAUGAUGCCAUGGUCACAAGACAGUCUCAACUCAACGUCCCAGGACAGGGUCGACUGAACCGGUCCGCCUCAUUCUUUUCAUCCCCCUCCCCGCCUGACUCAUCCAACCUCAGCUUCAGCACUGAGCAUAUCAAUAACGACGACAACAGCAGCUCACUCUGGUCAUCGAACAUCUGGAGUCAGGCCCCUAGUCUUCAAACUAAAACAUCUGCUCUGCAAGCACGGUCCAUGAGCCUAACCGAGUCCAGCAUCUCCCUGCUCUCCAGUUUCGGACAACUCAAGAAUCUGGAAGCUUUUUCCUCAGGACCUGCCACAACUGUGGCUCCACCGCCAGGCUUCCCCCCUGCGUCCAACCUGCCGGCCCAGGUGGCACCCAUGCUGUCCUCUAACCGUUACAAGACUGAGCUCUGCCGUGGCUUUCAGGAGACUGGCAGUUGCAAAUAUGGCAGCAAGUGCCAGUUUGCCCAUGGUGAGGCGGAGCUGCGUGGAAUGUACCGUCACCCAAAGUACAAGACCGAGCCUUGCAGAACCUUCUACAACUUCGGGUACUGUCCAUACGGCUCACGUUGCCACUUUAUCCAUGAGGAAAAAAUCAGCGGAGGCCAACUUACAUCAGCUAAAUUCCAGACUCAGCGCCAGCAAACUCCCCCCGCAACCAACAGUGGUCAGAAUCCGCGCCACCAGCUCCGCCAAAGUGUCAGCUUUGCAGGCUUCCUGGGCUCUUCACGUACCUCCCCUCCACCAUCAUUCCCUGCAUCUUUUACGGAUCCAAACCUGGGCUUUAGCAGGGCUCCGUCUGUGUCUCCACCUCCAGCAGAUCUCAUUUCCCCAGUGUUUGGCGACUCCCUGUCUCGGGAAGUAGCAGCAUUCCAAUUUGGCACCCAUCAAACCCGCGCCAGUUCCGGAGACAUCCACAACAUUCCUCUCAUCGUGGAGCCAAAAGCCUCGCGCUGCCUGUGUGGCCACAGCAAUGACUUCUCUACUUUGCAUGGAAACAGCGGCAGAGGCUUUGCCAAAGUUGUGGACGGGAACCAGCAGGACAGCAAUGCACUGUUUGCAGGUACCAGCCACAGUGGAUUGAUGAAGCAUGCUAGUCUGCAGCGUUUCUCCUCUGAGGAUUCCCUGGAGGACAGCUACAGCAGCAGCAGCGGAGGUUCCAGCGGGACUGAGUCUCCAACUUUUGACGGAUCAUCCAACAAGAGGCUCACUGUGUUUGAACGCCUGUCCUUGUCCGACUAAGCAGAUCAUAAGGGCAAGAACAGAAGAGAACUGUCUGUCUAGUCUUUCUUCAGAUCUUCAGACCUUCAGACCCAGAACUGAUCAGGACAAGUCAAUAUUUGAUAACAUAAUAACACUUAAUGUUCUUAAUUCAUGUUUGUCAAAUUUAAACUCAUCUUGGACAAAGAGAUCAGUCUAGCACCAACUGUCAUAAGUGUAGCAAAUUAGACCUUGUGGUCUUCCACCAAUCCAUUCGCCAUAUCGCCAAUUUGAUUGGUUUGAAAAAUUGCAUCUGUACAGAUCAAACUGGCUCAUCAGUGAUGACAAUCAGCUAUUAUUAUUAUUGUGCCUUAAAGACUCGCCCUGCCUCACAAGCUAGUGCUCCUCAGUGCCAAGAACAGUAUGUUUAAUUCCGUGGCCUUCAUGAGUAAGACCCAGCGUGUGUAAUUGAUGCCAUUUUAUCUGACAUGCACUUUACAGCAAAUUCAAAUGGGAGAAACCUGCCUCCCAGUAGCAUUCUACCAAAGCUUCAUACUUCACGUUACUGUGUGAGUGUGUGUAUGCGUACGUCUGUGUAUAUAUGCUUGUGUGCGUGUGUGUGUAACCAUCUUUUUUUCUAAGACCAGGGGUGCAACCGGAUGAGAGAUCAAAGUGUGCAUGAGAAAAGUAGAUGUGAAUACCCAACAUUUUGUAAUUUUGGCGCUUUUUUUAAUGACCCCCUUCUAAGGUCCCCUGUUUGAUUGACAGCCUGGUUCAGGGACUUAAACACCACAGUAUUUCUUUUGGUUAUCGGUUGCCUCGCAUUGUUUAACUUAAACUAAUAUAUUUAUUAUGAUAUUUAUUUCUGUUUAAAAUGUAUUUUGUACUUUAUUUAUGAAGAAUUAUUCAAAGGUCUGUGAAUUACCAAUGUGAGGAAAGGGAAUUUAAAAAAAAAAAGAAAGAAUCUUAUAUUUUUAAUUGACCAAAAGUGUCUGAAUAAACUUCUGAAAAAAG